AUGUCUCUCUCUCAAACUACGACGCAGGACGAGCAAAACAAAGCGGUGAUAGCCCUGGCUGAAGGCUUUGAUACCCUUAUAGAACUAAUUCAGAAGCUAUACUUGAACCUUGCCAACCAGCUAACUAGUUGCUCUGCUGCAAAAGCAGAAAUAGCUGAAAUGAUAUCGCCUAUGCCCUUUCAACCAUCCAACUACGAUGCAUCUGCGGACCAUACAAGAUGGAUUUAUGAUGGGCAACAGGCUGGCUACAUCACACCUUCAGAGUUAGAAGUUAUUGCCAAGGGACUUGAAGCCUACAGAAUCCUGGCCGACAAAUUUGUUACUCAAAAUGAGUACAAUCAAAAUAACAAUACUUACCCUCCUAUGGUCCACGCGAAAGCCAGCUGUCCCCUCGAACACGAUUCCACUGCUAAAAAUGUGCAAGAUCUUCGCUCACAAGACCUUGACCCUAUCAAAGCUGAAGCUCUCCAGGAUACACCCUCUCCCUUGAUACAGGACGCUGCUCCCAGGUGUCCGAUUAGGUAUCUAGAUGACCACUCUCCGGAGGAAGUGGCUAAGUAUUUCCAAAAAAACAAACAUAGAAUCCCUCGCAGUCAUACCAUCUGUAUUCAACGAUAUCAGAGAGACGCUAAGAGCAUCCGCCAACUCGACGAGAAAUAUGGUGACAUGGUAAAUAUGAUCAAGGGACUUAGUCUUUACCAUCAACCUUAUCUCCCCUCAACCCAAGAACCCGGUAGACCAAAUGCUGCACCGUCCGUUUCCAUUGGAAGGAUAGAGAAAUGGGCGAAGGAUGUCAAUGCUGAAUCCACAGAGGUAGAGGCCAUGCCACUUUGCCAUGGAGGAGAACAUGGUGAGCGGCUGAAGGAGAAGGAGGAUGAGGAACAGGGUGAUGAUUGUUUUGAUAGAUCGCUACGGGACGUGCGAUUAGGCGAGUCGGCCAGUAGACCUUGGGGAAUCCAUGUUCCAAUCUCUCAAACCGUUGCCCAGCAGCCCAGAGAUUCAUCUGCUGCAAUUAUUGGUCAGAAUGGCGUUACUGGAAGUACGCAGUUGGCAGAUUAUAACCGGGCUACCCCGGAGCAUUCAUCCGUCUCAGCCUCAUGGCUGCAGAAACUGAGACCAUUGCUAGCUACGAGCCGGUGUCCAUUUUACGCCGUCGCGGGACAGCCGGCGGGUGAAGGAGGAGGGGGAGGAGGGGGGGGGGGGGGGUGUUUGGUGGGUGGCGUUGCGACAAAGCCAUCCCUGGGGAAGGAUAUUGAAGGUGCUGUUUCUGCCGCCAUCAAAUGCAAACACUCGCUCAAGUACUUUCAAUAG